AUGACCGAUAACGAUCCUCAAACAAACUCUGUCGACCUCAAUACCCUCUCCUUCAAACUACCCCCUUUUACAUCGAGCAACCCCCGGGUUUGGUUUCGUCAAAUUGAGGCGGUUUUCCCAAGGAGCCGCAUUACUAGCGAACGCACCCGCUACUCUUCUGUGCUGCAGAGUCUCCCCUUCGACGUUGCCGUCGAUGUUGACGACCUCCUCGACCCCAUUCCUGCCAACGACUCGUACACCCAGUUGAAGAAUGCCGUCAUCCAGAGAGUGCCCAAGGCGGCUAAUCGGAUGCUACGAGAGCUGUUCACACAGGUAGGUCUGGGUGAUCAAACCCCUUCGCAGCUUAAGCGCCACAUGCAUUCAUUACUGGCUGGUCGUCAUAUGGACGACGACCACAUCUUUCGACAAAUCUGGUUGGAUAAAUUGCCAGUUCCUAUGCAGCAGGUUUUGUCUAUGCUGGACAUAAGCACCUCUGUAGACAAAGUUGCCAAUCAUGCCGACAGGAUCAGUGCUUGUUACCCGGUCGGCGCGACAUGCGCCAAUAUUCAACCGACCUCUACUUCCGACAGAUCUGAUAGAGUAGCCAUCGCCUGUCCAGAAGGCACUUCUUCAUUAGAACCCGACACUUCUUGUGUGGAGCGGUCAUCCUGUCUUUGCUCAUCACGCAGAGCCACCACGUCAUCAGGUCCAUCAAGACAGCCGAACAGUCCUCACCGAGGCGAUUAUGACGACCUAAAAGACACUGUACGUCUUUUGUGCACACAAGUGGGCACCGUGUGCACUGCCAUAAAUAGUUUACAGUCAGCCAGAAACCAGUCACCCUCUCGCCGUCGUUCUAUAUCACGAGAGCGCCCCUCUACAACUCUGUGCUGGUAUCAUCGGGUUUACGGUCCGAAAGCACGCAAGUGCAUCCCUCCCUGCACAUACCUGCAGGCCUCACCACAGGGAAACGACCGCGCCAGCCAGUAACGGUGACAGCUACCGCUGGCCAGUCACGACCCAGUCGACUCUUUUAUAUCAGUGACAAAUCGAGCGAUCUCCGUUUCCUUGUCGAUACUGGUGCCGAGAUCAGUGCCAUCCCGCCUCCAAGGCGUCACCAUCUCUAGCCUUCGCAGUUCUCCUUGCAGGCUGACAAUAGCACCACCAUCAACACUUAUGGCCAACGGUCGCUCACACUUGACAUCCGUCUUCGGCGACGUUUCCAGUGGGUCUUUGUGAAGGCCGACGUCAAAUUUCCCAUCAUUGAGGCAGAUUUCCUGACACAUUUUGGCCUUGCAGUCGACCUUAAGCAACGCAAAAUUAUCGAUACCACAACCACACCCUUUAACGUGGGCAUUGCUGCUUCUGAACCCUUGUUUAGCAUUCAGUUGAACGUACCAAGCUCACCCUUCGCUGACAUUUUGAAGGGCUACUCGUCCCUCACUAAGCCCUGUCAGUUCACCGGGGAGGUUCAGCAUACGGUUAAACAUCACAUCAUCAUCACGGGGCAACCUGUUUACGCUCAUCCUCGCCGUCUUCACCCCGAAAAACUUCGGAUAGCAAGGAACGAAUUUGAGCAUAUGAUGAAUCUAGGAAUUAUUCGUCCUUCCUCCAGCCCAUGAGCCUCUCCCCUCCACAUGGUACCCAAUAAAUCGACUGAUGAUUGAAGACUAUGCGACGACUAUCGCGCACUCAACAGAGCCACUGUUCCCGACCGAUACCCUAUUCCCUAUAUGCAUGAUUUUUCUCACACGCUAGCUGGAGUAACUAUUUUUUUCCAAAAUAGACCUCGUGAGAACACACCACUAGAUUCCGGUCGAGAAAGAAGACAUCCCCAAGACCGCCGUUACAACGCCUUUCGGUCUGUUUGAAUUCCUUUGCAUGCCUUUUGGUUUGCGUAACGCGGCCCAAUCCUUCCAACGCUCCACCGAUGAGGUCUUACGGGGACUUUCACUCACGUAUGUCUACAUUGACGACAUACUCGUCGCAAGUUCUUCGGCAGAGGAACAUGCCUCGCACUUGCGCCAGAUAUUCGAUCGUUUCCAGCAACAUGGUUUGCAAUUGAACGUCGACAAAUGUAUCUUUGGCGUCUCUUCUUUAGAUUUCCCUGGUCACCACGUCGACCAGCAUGGAAUCACACCGCUGCUAGAGAAGGCGCACAGCAUCCUGUCAUUCCUUGCCCCCAAGACUCUAACUCAGCUGCGGCGUUUUAUAGGCCUUCUUAACUAUUACUGACGUUUUAUCCCUCACUGUGCGGCGACCCUAGCUCCCUUAACUGAUCUUCUGAAGUCUAAGGCAAAGCCGAUCGAACUUCCUCCAGCAGCUCACUCAGCCUUUGAGGCAGCUAAGAAAGCUCUUGCCGAUGCCACUUUGCUGCAUCAUCUCAGUUCUGACCCUCACGCACAGCUGAUAUUGACCACUGACGCCUCCAAUAGUUCUAUCGGCGCAGUCCUGCAUCAACAGGGGAAUAAUCAGUCGCGGCCAUUGGCUUUCUUUUCACAGAAGCAACAACCGGCGAAGACUCGCUACAGUACUUUCUCUCGCGAGCUCCUUGCCAUCUGCUUGGCCAUUCGUCAUUUUCGACACCUCUUAGAGGGCAGAGAUUUUUCGGUUCACACCGACCACAAACCUCUCAGUUACGCCCUCAAGGCCAAGCCAGAUCGUUACUCUCCCAGGAAAGUUCGUCAUUUGGAUUACAUCUCGCAGAUUACUGCAGAUAUCCGCUACGUCCGAGGCAGCGACAACGUCUUUGCUGAUGCAUUAUCCCGUCCGGACAUCAACACAUUUACAUCCGAUUUCGACCUGGCGAAGCUUGCAGACCUCCAAUCAGGCGACAAGUCCAUUGACGACCUGCGUUCUACUACUGCUCUGCGACUUCGAGAUGCACCACUUCCCGCAUAA